UUCAUCAGUAUUUUAUAGUUUUCUAUAUAUAGGUCUUUUGUUUCUUUUAGAGAACAUGCCUUUUUAAGAGUCCAGGCCCCUUUUUAAGAGGGAAGGAGACCUCCAAAGUAUUACCAGCAGAUUUAUCGUGUCUCACUGGUAGGAGCUGUGAUACUUGCCCAAUACCUGUACCAGUCACAUGGCAAGAGGAGUGAGAGCAUCACCUGGGGACUCGUAACUGGUACCAAAACUCGGGCCUCAGCCAGACAUUCUGAAUUGUGAAAGAAACUUGGGGGGAACAGGACUUCCUAAAGACAGAAAAAUGGAAGAAUCUGUAAACCAAAUGCAGCCACUGAAUGAGAAGCAGAUAGCUAAUUCCGAAGGCGGAUAUGUGUGGCAAGUCACUGAUAUGAAUCGGCUACACCGGUUCUUAUGUUUUGGUUCUGAAGGUGGGACUUACUAUAUCAAAGAACAGAAGCUGGGCCUUGAGAAUGCUGAAGCUUUAAUCAGGUUGAUUGAAGAUGGCAGAGGAUGUGAAGUGAUACAGGAAAUAAAGUCCUUUAGUCAGGAAGGCAGAACCGCAAAGCAGGAACCCACGCUCUUUGCCCUCGCCAUUUGCUCCCAGUGUUCCGACAUAAGCACCAAACAAGCUGCCUUCAAAGCUGUUCCUGAAGUUUGUCGCAUCCCUACACACCUCUUUACUUUCAUCCAGUUUAAGAAAGAUCUAAAGGAAAGCAUGAAGUGUGGCAUGUGGGGUCGUGCCCUCCGGAAGGCUGUAGCAGACUGGUACAAUGAAAAGGGUGGCAUGGCCCUCGCCCUGGCAGUUACAAAAUACAAACAGAGAAAUGGCUGGUCUCACAAAGAUCUGUUAAGACUGUCACAUCUUAAACCUUCCAGUGAAGGACUUGCUAUUGUCACCAAAUAUAUUACAAAGGGCUGGAAAGAGGUCCAUGAACUGUAUAAAGAAAAAGCGCUUUCUGUGGAGGCUGAAAAAUUAUUAAAGUAUCUCGAGGCUGUAGAGAAAGUGAAGCACACAAAAGAUGAACUGGAAGUCAUUCAUCUGAUAGAAGAGCACAGACUGGUUAGGGAACAUCUCCUAACAAAUCACUUAAAGUCUAAAGAGGUAUGGAAGGCUUUGUUACAGGAAAUGCCUCUCACAGCAUUACUUAGGAAUCUGGGAAAGAUGACAGCUAACUCAGUGCUUGAACCAGGAAACUCAGAAGUGUCUUUAGUAUGUGAAAAGCUGUGUAAUGAAAAACUGUUAAAAAAGGCUCGUAUACAUCCAUUUCAUGUUUUAAUUGCGUUAGAAACUUAUAAGACAGGUCAUGGGCUCAGAGGAAAACUGAAGUGGCGCCCCGAUGAAGAAAUUCUACAAGCUUUGGAUGCCGCUUUUUAUAAAACAUUUAAGGUAAUGGUUUGAUUUUUGUUUGAAAACAAAAAACCCAGUUAAGAUUUAGAAACACAGAUGAUGUUAGUAGUUUAACCACUUUUGAUUAGGUAUUCAUUUGUUCAUGUGAAAAUGAAUAUAUAAUUAUGAUUAUAUUCAUAAGCUUAUGAAUAAAGUAUUUGUCUCUACCUUUGGACAACAACCAGACAUCAACCAUUAAAUUUUGAUGUGUUAAGUUACUAAAUUUAAAAAUGUGCAUUCCUGUGGAGUCCUGGGACUUGAUCUUCUGUCCUGUUUUCCCCGUUAAUCAGUAGUAGAUCUCUUCUGUCAUGAUAGGGAAUAAUCUUUUUUACAAAUGGAAAUUCUAUAUCAGAGCCAUAAGUUAAAGUUUUUGGUUUUAAAAAAGUCUUGCUCUUCAACAAAGUAUUAGCAACCAAAUUCAGCAGCAGAUUAAAGAGAUUAUACAAGUGAGAGUCACCCUCAACAUACAAGGAUCAUACAAUAUAAGAAAAAUCAGUGUAAUAUAACAUCAUGUUAAAAGAGAACACAUGAUAUCUCAAUUUGUGCAGAAAAGCAUUUGACAAAAUCCUAUACCCUUUCUGAUUUUAAAAACAACAACAACAACAACAACUCAGUAAACCAGGAAUAGAAGUAAGCUUCCUUAGUGUAAUAAAGGUCCUGUGUAAAAAACCCACAGCCAUCAUCAUACUCAGGGGUAAAAGAUUGAAAUCUUUUCCCUUAAGAUCAGAAACAAGACCAGGAUGCCCACUUUUCCCACUUUGAUUUACAUUUACUAGAUGUUCUAGCAGUUAUGAAAGGAAAAGAAAUACUAAAAUGUAUCCAGGUUGUUUUCAUUUUCAUUUUCAAAUUUUUUAUUAAAAAAAAUUGUUUUGUCCACUCCUGCAGCAUGCAGGAUCUUAGCUCCUCAACCAGGAAUUGAACCCAUGCCCCUUGCAGGAGAAGUGCAGAAUCUUAACCACUGAUCCACCAGGAAAAUCUCAGUCCAGCUUGGAAAGAGAGAAAAACUAUCAUGUUCUCAGAUGAUUUGAUCUUACACGGAGAAAACCAUAAAGAAUUCACAAAAUAGGAUUCCCCUGGAGUCUAGUAGUUAAGACUCCACCCUUCCACUGCAGGGGGCACAGGUUCUAUCCCUGGUUGGAGAACUAAGAUCCCACAUGCCACAUGGCAUGACCAAAAAGAAUUUUUUUUAAAAUUCCACAAAAUAAUAUUAGAUCUAGCAAAUGGAUUCAGCGGAGUUGCAGGAUAUAAAUUCAGCAGGAAAAAAAUCAGUAGUAUUUCUAUACACUAGCAAUGAACAGUCCAAAAA